AUGUCGAGCCUGAACCAUCAAAGCAACGACAACAGGCCAUCCACAGAUACGGCUGAUCCCACACUAGCCUCUAUGAAAUCCCGCUACGAGGAAGAGCGACAAAAACGUCUUCGCAGCGACGGAAACGCGCAAUUCGUCGAACCCACCAAAUCAGCCCAGUAUGACCGUUUCACCAAUGACCCCUGGGUCGAUCCAGCAGCAGUACAGCCACUACGAGCCAAAUUUCCCAAUCAAAAAAGUGAGAUCCUCAUCAUCGGUGCCGGAUGGGGCGGCAUACAAAUUGCCGUCCGUAUGAUCGAGGCCGGUAUACCAGCCAGCGACAUUCGCAUUAUCGAUCCGGCUGGUGGCUUCGGCGGGACCUGGUAUUGGAAUCGGUACCCGGGACUCAUGUGUGACAUUGAGAGCUAUCUGUAUCUUCCAUAUCUGGAGGAGACGGGGUAUAUUCCUAAGCACAGGUACUCGCAGGGCGAAGAGAUUAGGGAGUAUGUUAAUCUUGUGGCGCAGAGGUGGGGGUUAGUUAAUUGUGGUGUUUUCCAGACACAGGCUGAAAAGAUGGUCUGGGAUGACGAUGCUAGGGUAUGGUCUGUUGAGCUGGUACAGCGUCGGAAGGAUGAGGAACCAGAGAGGCUCCGUGUUCGGUGCAAGAUUGUGAAUCUUGCUGCUGGUGUACUGAAUUGGCCCAAGCUGCCGAAAGUCCCUGGGAUUCUGGAUUAUCAGGGUGAUAUGUUUCAUACUGCGAGGUGGGCAUACGAUAUCACUGGUGGAUCUCCUGCGGAUCCAUCGCUUUCCAAGUUGAAGGAGAAACGAGUCGUGGUCAUCGGCACUGGAGCAACGGCAGUGCAGAUUGUUCCGCAGCUUGCAAAGUGGUGCAAGCACCUGUACGUCGUGCAGCGAACGCCGAGCUCAGUAGACGUUCGUGAUCAACGCGAGACAGACGAAGCAUGGUUCCAGAAAGAAGUCGCACGGUCGAAAGAUUGGCAACGGGAGCGAAUGCGUAACUUCCAUCAACAUUUUACUCUGGACAAGACUCCCUCCGUUAAUUUCGUUGACGACGGAUGGACCAGGGCGCCUGCUCUGGUUGGUAUAACUGGGUAUGAAAAGGGGCCGCGAUCACCAGAGGAUAUCCCAGCGUACGCGGCUAGAUUGGUCGAAAUCGACACCCAUCGUCAGAGUCGCAUCCAUGCUCGCGUGGAAAAUGAGGUUUCAGAUCCUGUGGUUGCAGAGAAGCUCAAGCCCUGGUAUCCCGUGUGGUGCAAGCGGCCUGCCUUUCACGACGACUAUCUCAAGGCUUUCAAUCAGGAAAAUGUAACUCUUGUUGACACCGAUGGCAAAGGCGUCGAUCGGAUUACGGCCGACUCGGUGAUCAUCAAUGAGGAAAGCUACCCGGCUGAUGUGGUUAUCUUCGCAACGGGAUUCCUUGCACCACCCGCCGGCACGCCAGCUGAGAAAGCGAAUAUGUCUGUUAUAGGUCUGAACGGUGUUUCCAUGAGCGAGGAAUGGACUCGCUCCGGUCCUGCGACGCUGCAUGGUGUCAUCGAUGCCAAGUUCCCGAAUCUAUUCAUAUCUGGUCCUCUCCAGGGCUCUACGAGUGGGAACUAUCGUUUCUCUCUCGAUGAGUAUGCGAAGCAUAUAUCGCACAUUUUGGUUGAAGCGAAGCGUAGGGCUGGUGGUGCGGAGUUCGCUGUGGCGCCGUCGGUGGAGGCAGCAGAAAACUGGGCGCUCCAGGUGAUGAUGAAUUGUGCCCCGAUGGGAGUUGCCAUUGGAUGCACACCGGGAUACUUUAAUCUGGAGGGUGAUCUUGAUCGUGCGCCAGCGGCACAUCGUGUGAUCAUGGCAAGGUCAGGUCUUUGGGGCAUGGGUGUUGAGCAUUGGCUUCGCGUUUUGGAGAGUUGGCGUGCUGAGGGGAGUAUGAAGGGUAUUGUGGUGCGUUAG